AUGUCGACUGCUUCCAAUGACGUUCUCUCCUGGACCAACCAGGACCCACGGGAGAGUGUUCUCUUCAACUCGUGGGGUGUUCUCUACCGCUUUCAGACCGUAGUGAACCCCAGCGGGCAGAGUGUAACAACUCUCUGGCGCUCCAUUCGGCCCAACAAGGAAGACCGAGUUGCAAAACUCGAGUGGGCUGCCAAUGGCGGACUCGGCCGCAUCGUCAUUGGAAAAAACACUCUGCCAAUGUCCGACCUCGUCAGGCCAGACCAUAAAGUUAAUGGUGCUCGCAUUUUCAACGGUCCUGAUGGCUCUCAAUAUCGUUGGCGACACAGUGCCAACAGCCCUGACAUUCUUCUCCAAGACGCGAACGGCAUAGUGGUUGCAUUUUUCCGACCAACUCGGCAAACGCGUUAUCAGAUUGGUGACGUCUUUGGGGAACUUCAUUUCGUUCGCACGGCAGGUGCAGGGACUGUGAUGCACCCACCGGUCAUGGACACGGUGACAGUUACCGCCAUGCUCUUCCGAUUUUGCUCGGCAUGGAACCUUUGA